UCGAUCGUAGUUGGAAAGAUCUUUCACGGUGUAUGGUUCGGCUCGCCCAGAUACUGAAAUAUUCACCUGUAUUGCAAAAUGCUUUGUGGAGUGAAUCGACUGAGCUUGAAGAGAUGUGCCCGGUACAUUUUUAUCAGGCAUCUGUCAAGUGCUCAGACCAAGGCUGCCCUGAAACCAUUUUACUUUGCAGUUCAUCCUGAUCUUUUUGGCCAGUAUCCAAUGCAGAGGUCAAUAAAUGAAGAUUCAUUGAAGAGGUUGAACUCAUACUUGGAAGAUCUGCAGAAGAAAAAUCCUGUUAAUCCUACACACUUGUUGUUUUAUCUGAAAAAUGAUACAGCAACACCACCACUUGAAGAGGGGCUGGAUCUCUUCAAGACAGUAAGAGUUUCGCUUUUCUCACGUGAUGUCCAGUUCACCAUCAGCCAUAUUUUGAAGACCUGUGGUAUGUUGGAGGAUUUGGUCACCCUUCAUCAAAACAGUGAAAAACCCAAGGUGUCAGUAGCACUGCCUUAUGAUGCACCACUUCACUGGCUUAAUGUUUAUAAACAGUUUAGUGACAGACAGAGCCCUGUGGACCUUGCUCAAUUACAGCGAAACUCACGACUCUCUCUAAGGGACUUCCUGGACAAGAACAUCAAAAAUGCCAAGGGAAAACAAGAAAGUAGCCAAUCUGUCUUAGAGGAAAGUAAACUAUUGUCUGAUAAGAUUUGUGAAGAACUCAGAUUAAACAAGCUGCAGUCAAUCAGUGGCUGGAGUUAUGCAUCUUAUCAUGGCUCCCUUAAAAACUUCUGGAACCUUUGCUUAUCCAAGCAGUCUGACCUUCAGAAUCUCAAGGGACGUACAAUAAUUUUUACAGACUGGACAGGGGUUGAUCCUCUCGGUCGUGUCAUGUUGAAUGCUCAAGAUGUCCCAGAAUUUUGGCUUUCAAACUUAACAUCCUUGGAAGACUCUGAUGUUCUUGUCGAUCAGGUUCCUAUGUGGGAGAGAAAACUCUCUUCAUUACUUGGUGACAUGAAGAUCAAAUAUGAUGAAGAUUCACCCUCAGUCUCAGUUGUGGAAUAUUUAAACUACUUGUACAGAGUAGUUUCUUCACUGAAAAGAGGAUUACUUGGACCUGAUGCUUCAACAACCAUUCAGCCGGGAGAAUUCAAAGAGUGUACUGCAAGAAUUCUAAGUCCAGCAGAUGCACUCAGCCUGUCACUUAGUGGUGAGUUUAGAAUACCACCUUCAAUUCCAACAGAGUUGAUAGUGGAUUUUCUGGGAAAGCACAAACAGAAGGCUAUGGACCUACAUGACGAGAACAAAAGGAACAUAUUAACAGAAGAGCAGGCAGUUCAGUCAUGUAGAGAGAAAUUUCAGUUCUCCUCUCUUUCUAAAGACAGCUCCGUUUCACCAUUGCAGAUGAGUGACUGCUGUGAGAGACUUCUUGGGGAAGACUACCCUGAUAUUAAAAAUACAAACCUCAUUGUUUCCAAAUAUUACCAUGUCAAUGAAGAUGGUCAAAUCAGUAUUCCAUGGAACUGGAAGUGAAUCUCUUAAUUGGAUGAGAAACACAUUUGUCCUCACUUUAGCCCUUUGCUCUGAUGAAGGACUAACACUUGAAAUGUUAGUUUUAAAACUUUUUAUGGUGGCCAAUUAAUUAAUAUAAAUUAUAAAUUAAUCCAAAAUUACCCUUAGGCUAAUCCCCUCAGGAGUGUCCAAAAUGGAAUUGUUCUGUACAAUGUAAAUAUAUUUUUAUCAAUUUAAGAAAGGUGCAGGUAACAAGAGAAGUAAACUUUUACCCUUGAUCUCCCAAGGUCUCUUUAGAAAUUCUCCUUACCAUCUAUUGCACAAUUUUUAUGAUGUUCAUUUGGAGAAUUUGGUAUUCAAUCAACUAAUAAUCCCUUAAUUGACAUUUUUCCAAUGAAGAUAUUCCUCCUUUGUCACUCACGAGAGUUAAAGUGUUAAUUCAAGGUAAAGGCUGUUUAUGAGUCAAGUGGUCCAUCAGGCAAACACUUAGCUCCAGUUUCUGUGGAAUGAAGUGACUAGGAGUAUUUCUACUCCCCCUUGGAUGGGAUGCCAGUUUGUCCAUCGCAGGGUUACCCCCCAGCA